UUACACAACACGUUCGAAACUGUGGUCCGCAGAUGUUCCUGAUCAGCCGGAAGGGCGGCACUCUACUGACAAUCAACAAUUUUGUAUACCGAUCCAAUCUUAAGUUCUUCGGCAAGAGCAAUAACAUUCUGUAUUGGGAGUGUGUCCAAAACCGAUCAGUCAAGUGCCGAAGCCGCUUAAAAACCAUCGGCGAUGAUCUCUAUGUCACCAAUGAUGUCCACAAUCACAUGGGCGACAACAAACGUAUUGAGGAAGCCAAGGCGGCAGGGAUGCUGAUCCACAAAAAGCUGAGUUCCCUUACACCCGCAGAUAAAAUGCAGGGCUCCUGGAAAGCGGAGACAGAGGCCAAUCCAGACCCGCUGCUGAUGUAAAUACUUCUUAGACAUUCCCACCCUAACGUCCGAGUUCUAUUAGGGCUUAGCUAAUGCAUUCUACUAUUAUUUAUAAGGCAAAAUAUCUUUCUAAACUAGGUUGAGUGCCAAACCUAGUUAGAAUGGGUAAGUAGCCUGUCCAUCUUGGGAUCUCAAAAUACGAGUUUAAAGAUGCUGAUGAGUCCCGGGUCAUAUACUUUAUUCUUUUCUCAGUGCUUAGACGCUUUUGGCCACGGCAAUGACUUAAGCAAUGGCUUGUGUUACGUACAAACUAUAAACUUUUAAUAAAAAUCAGAUGAACACUUAA